AUGGAGACCUCGAGCCCGAACCCCGACACGACAGUAUCCCUCUUGAGAGUUCUUGACGGCAGUCACCUUAAGUGGUCCGACUUUCGAACAGUUGUCCUCAGUGCGUUCCGCAUCGUCCUUACUGAGAGUAUCCAGCUUUCAGACCUGUCUCGCCCAUUUUCCGACAGACUCAAGCCGUGUCUCCAGAGGGUGGACCGAUUCGAGCAUCAAGAAAGACAAUGGCGAAGGAACCUGGCCGAUGGCAAAGGAUUCGGCUCGUCGAUUGUCUUUCCUCCUGACGUCCUCCCACCGAUUGGAGUCAAUCGUGGCCUCCACCGAUGCCAAGCCCCGAAGCUGAAUCGCGAGGCUCUCCCACCACGAGCGGUCAAAGCUCAAGAGAGCCUGUUCGAGUUGCCUGCCCCUCGACCUAAUCUCUUGACCGGUUUCACCACAGCUGCUUUCAACGAAAGAGAACUAUCUAUUCUGCCGCAUUGCACGUCAGCCUCAGGGACCAUUGUCGACUUUGAAUCAGGCUCCGUUUCUCCUGGAACAACCACCUAUUGCCCCUUCCUGAUAUUUGAGCGAAUGGACACUUCGUCCGAAGAUGCAGUGCAGACAGCCAGAAACCAGUGCGCAAUCGCCGGCGCUCAUUGCGUUCGAGCACAGCAACUCCUUUUCAGAAGAUGCGGUGGCUCUCGCCCUGUGUUCGAAAAACCGAUCUCAUUCUCUUGCACUAUCGACAACUCAGCUGCUGUCAUCAACUAUCAUAGCAUUGACGCAGAUGGGCGCUAUUGUAUGUCAGAGCUCUCGCGGUUCAAUCUCGACGAAACCGAUGGGUUCAGAGAAUUCCAAGCCUGGAUCGAGGCGAUCGAGGAUUGGGGCUCAACAUACCUGCUGCCGGUCAUCAAGAUUGCCCUAAGGCAACUGUUGAAGAACAACACAACUCCUCCUAUUUCUCCAAUGCCUUCGUUGACGCUGUCGAUCGACACCGCUGCCGGUACCGAGGAAGUACUCAUGAGAGUCCUUCGUUCAACAUUUGGGUCGGUCAAAUGGAAAUGUGAUGGGGAGUAUGAAACCCCACUGAACAGCAGUGUCGCUCAUUGCGGAACACCCCUAGGGCCCCGCAAAAUCAGAACCCUGGCACUCUCGCCGACGUCGCCCAUUGACAUUAUGAGUGCUUCAGGACCGCCAACUCCCUUCUCUGUAUGGCGGAUGCGACCGGAGUUUAGCAGCAAGUCUCCCAUCGCGCGCAGACAUCCCCUUUCGCCACUCAAGCUCCGAGCUGAUAUCCCGGACUCUCCAUGCCGACGAGGCACUCUAUCCCCAUGCACUCCUCCACCUGAAGCCCCGAACUCUGCUAAGUCACCAAUGCUCGUACUUCAGAAGAGAGUAGACCUGGCCAUGAAUGAAAUCCAAGAGCUUAGAGAGCUCGUGCAAAUCUUACAGAGCGAACUCAGGCUAAAGAACGACCAGCUCAAAGUAGAACAAGGUUCACUGGACCAAGACUCGGUGAAAAUGAGCGACGGCGGUGCCGAAACCCCGACAGCCACACAACCCAGUGACCGGGUUGUUCAUCCCGAACAAAACCUCAACUCAGCGAUCUUGUCGAGACCCAAAUCUCAUCCUUUGGCAUCUCCCGGAUUCUCCUUCACAGACAUAUGUUGCUUGAUCUUGAUAUUCUGCAUGGUCAUAUCCUCGAGUCUAUGGGAAACUGCUGCAUAUGUCGCAUGGCUGUGUGGACCGUCGAUUCUAUCGAACAAACUGGCGGCGCCAUCUAGCUUUCCUUGGCUCAACACAAUGUAG